AUGGCGCUGAACCGUGGCAAGGUCAAGAACUUCGUGCUGGGGACCAGGAAGAUAUACAAGGGCUGGGCGCACGGCUACCUGGGAGCGGUGAGAUCCGUUCGCCGCGAGAUGGUUCGCACCGUCGCGGCCGGGGUCAAGUCGACCCUCGGCCCGUCCGCGGUGUACGCGUGCUCCAUGCAGGUGGCGACGAGCGCGAUGGGUCUGCCGAGCCUGGUGUCCGUCGGCGCCGCGAACGUCGCGACGCCGGUCAUAGUCUCGAAGCUCGGGGGUCGACUGCGGAGACUCUCCGCGCAUCAAGUCGCGGCUCGAGCCGUGCCAAUCGCCGCGCACUACCUCAUCGAGUGGGACCUGUACGAUAAGAUCAAGAGACGGAUGGACGGGAGCGAGGGUGCGAUCGCGUCGUUGCACCCGUGGGUCCCCACCGCGCACGGGCGCGUGACCAACGCGGUGCACGGCGCCGUCUCCGGCGGAGUGUGCGCCUUCGGCGCCACCGCGCUCACCGCCGUCGCGCUGUCCCCGUAUUACGGCCGGAGGCUCAUCUCCCGCGCGGUGAGGUGCGCGGACGUGCCCACCGCCGCCAGGCUCGGAACCGCGGCGCUGCGCGUGACGCGCAUACGCCUCGCGGAUUCGCUUCAGCAGGGCGUGGUCUGGUUCGCUACGUACGAGGCGAUGCGAGCGGCGACGGCAAAGUUGGAGGGAUCAGCGGGAGAAGAGGAGGGAUCGGUGGGAGUUCCGGCGAGGAUGUCGAGGACGGCGAGGGGGGUGCUGUCCCCGGCGAGGCUGCACACGGCGUACGGGGUGCACCUGCGAACGUCGAGGGAGAGGCGGGCCCUGUCGAUGGCUCGAAGGCAGCCGGCGCGGCCGCACCAGCGACGCGCCCUCGCAGCCGCGUGCUGA